GCAGAUAAGACUGGCCACCCAUGUGAACAGUGAGGCUGGGUGGGACCUGGAGAGUUGAAAGGGCUCACGUGUUCCAUUGCAAAUCAUCUGUUGCAGCAGGCAGAAGUUUGGGACACGUCUCCUGCACACUUGACAGAUAACUUUGUGGCUGCACUGAAAACAAACCGAAUUUUGAGUUAUGAGUUUGAAAAAGCCACUUCUUGACGGGGGGCAGAAUUCUAAAACAUUUCCAUUGGAGAUUCUAGGAUCUUUCCGUGACUCCAAAGAAGAAUACCUCCAUACAGGAGGAGUGGACAAAGAGGACAAGGCCAGUCCACCGCCAACACAGACACUAACCCCAUCUCAUUGCCAUGGUGACAGAACAUCAUGGGGCGAGGACAGAGAAAAACAGCUGGCCAAGAAGAAACUUAUCAUCACCUCAGUUGUCUGCUUGGUGUUUAUGGUUGGGGAAGUGAUCGGUGGCUAUGCAGCACACAGUCUGGCCAUCAUGACUGAUGCAGCGCACCUCCUCACAGACUUCAGCAGCAUACUAGUCAGCAUCUUCUCCCUGUGCAUCUCCUCCAGACCACCCUGCAAAGCCAUGACAUUCGGGUGGCAUCGCUCAGAGAUCCUCGGCGCUCUGGUCUCUGCUCUCUCCAUCUGGGCAGUAACUGCAGUGCUGGUGUUCAUUGCCAUCCAGAGGAUCUUAAACGAUGACUAUGAGAUCCACAGUGGCAUCAUGCUCAUCACCUCUGGCUGUGCGGUAGGGGUCAACAUAAUCAUGGCCCUGAUCCUCCAUCAGUCUGAUACCUCCCACGGCCACAGUCACAGCCUGUCACAUGGCCACAACCACGGCUCCUCUCAGGCAGCGCGUAACCAUGGCAACGCUAGUGUGCGGGCGGCAUUCAUCCAUGUGGUAGGGGACCUGCUGCAGAGUCUGGGAGUCUUCCUGGCUGCCAUCAUCAUUAACUGCUGGCCUGAAUACAAAGUAGCUGAUCCCAUCUGCACUUUCUUAUUUUCUGUGUUUGUGCUCGCAACAACUGUUACUAUCCUGAGGGACAUCUUCAGAGUACUCAUGGAAGGAGCCCCACGUGGCCUUGACUUUGACUCGGUGAAGGAGGCCCUUCUUACAGUGAGCGGUGUCCGAGCUGUGCAUGACCUUCACGUGUGGGCUCUGACAUUAAACCACACACUUCUGUCUGCUCACCUGGCUGUUGAGGACACGGCCAAUCCUCAGCAGGUCCUGGUGGAGGCUACGGAACUGCUUCAAUCUAGACACGGCUUCCACAGCAUCACCAUCCAAAUUGAGACCUACUCCAGAGAUAUGGCCUUCUGUUCUCAGUGUCUGGAGCCCAUGGACUGAGAGCCCUCAACCCCACACACCUGAGAGUUGAGGGAGCAUCGAUCUCUGUGGUGGAAGAACUUCAAGCCGGCUAAUACUUCCUGAAGCAUGUUCUGACUGCUGUUGACAGCACACAUAUGUGGUUCCUUGAACAGAAUUCACAGCAUAUCUGUGUGCGGGUCAGAAGUUCAUUCUCUCCUGUGUGUAGGCCCCUCUGGUUGUUCGUGAUAAUGUUCCAGCUCGGUGGGAAAGCUCCUCAUUCUAUCAAUAUUAGCCUUUCUGUGAAGAUAAGGACUGACAAGCUGAGCUAUUCCCAUAUGACAAAAAUAAUACUGUCAAACUACUGUUUGAUGGGUGUUGAAGGUCUGUCACAGGUCUCUCUGAAGGUAAUUUUCACUUAUUACACAAAGGUGCAAUCUUCUAUAUCUGUGAAUAUAUAUAUAUAUAUAGCAUACACUCUUUAGAUUGUAGAUCAUACUUCAGAUCAUAAGACAGGUCUGCCUUUUUUGUCUCCGAUUACAGAAAACAUUCCUAUACCUACACCUGAGGUCCAAAAGUAUACACAUCCUAAUUCUAUUAUAUAGAUUUUCAAAAGAGAAAACACAUCUAUUAUUUUCAUAUAACCUGAUUAAAUGAUGAUACUGAGUAGAACAUGUGCUUGAACCACAAAAA